AUGUACACCUUGCGCUCAGUACCAGACCGGACCAAGAACCCUCAAAAGGUCACACAAAUAUCACCACGCCAAGUGGCUCCAGAAAAUCAUCGCCAUGAGAACACGGUCAACAAGGCCUCACCGGCUCCAUGUGCAACAUCUCGCCCAGACCGCUGCGAGAUCUCUCUCCAGGGCAACAAUCCAACACCAAAAUACGGUCAGUAA